CGCCUCAGGUGAGUCCGUGUCCGCCCACACGGGGAAGCUGAGGCUCAGGGCAGAGGGGUGUGUGAGGGGACGCAGUGAGGGCGCCUCCCCCGGGAGUCAGGGCAGGCGGCAGGGAGGGGGCGGCGCAGGUCCUGGGAGGCCUCAGGGCCCCGCAGCGGGGUGGUCGGGUCAGGGGAAGCUGUGGCUGAGGGGCGUGGGAGCGGCGUCCGCGGCGGAGGGGGCGUCCGGGCCUCCCCCGCCCUGGGUCGGGCCCCGGGACCUCCGGGCCGGGCGGGAGCGGGUCUGUGCCCACCUGCGUCCUCCGGAAGUGGCCGGGCUGCGACCCCACAGGAGGGGCUGAGGGCGGGGACGGCCCCACCCCGGGGCGCAUCAGCCCACCUGAGGGGCGGCUCCGGGAGGCCCGUGUCCUUGGUGCUGGGUCCUGGCCCUGGGAGAGGAGGGCGGAGCCGGCUGACAGGGCGGGGCGGGGCCCCCAUCCCUGCAGGGCGCCUGUGCCCCCAUCCUGGGGACUGAGAGCCUGGCUGGGGUGGGUGCGGUGCCCCUUCCUGUGGUCUGCAGGCGGAAUAGCCCUGCGAUGCUGGGAGGACCCGGCCUCCGAGCGUCCACACCCGGUGUGUGUCCAUGCCGCGGGCGCUGUGCCUGGGCCGGCGGAGAGGACGCCAUGACCCCCGCCCUCGUGGUCCUGCUCUGCCUGGGGGAGACGGGAAGACGGGGAGGGGAGACCCUGCUCUGGGAGGGACGCAGGGAGGGGCCCGGACCCCCACCCCAGCAAUGCCCUGCCCACAGCCAGGCCCUGCUCCCUGGAGACCCCAGGCUCAGGAGCCCCAGGAAGGAGAGGACGGGCACAGGUGCAGGGGCAACCCUCUCACGGGGAGCUCUCCUCCAGGGCUGUGCGGGCCCCAGGACCCGAGUGCAGGCAGGGACCCUCCCCAGACCCAGCCUCCGGGCUGAGCCAGGCUCUGUGAUCGCCCUGGGCAGGCCUGGGACCCUGUGGUGUUGGGGACCCUGGAGGCCCAGGAGUGCCGUCUGUAUAGAGAGGGAAUCCCAGAGCCCUGGGACAGAGCGAUGCCCCUGGAGCCCGGAAACAAGGUCAAGUUCUCCACCCUCUCAUGGCCGAGGUGUACGGGGGGCGCUACCGCUGUGUCUGCCUCAGCGCUGCUGGCUGCUCAGAGCCCAGUGCCGCCCUGGAGCUGGGGUGACAGUGAGGAAGCCACACCUGAGCAGGAGCUGGCCCCAGCACCCAGGACCACACCCUGGAGAACCUCAUCCCCAUGGGCGUGCCGGGCUUGGUCCUGCUGGGCCUCGGGCUUCUGCUGGCGGAGGCUUGGUACAGCCAGAGAAGGACCGGAGCCGCAGGCCAGCGAUGACCUGGAGAGAGGACAGCGCUGGCAAUUGUGCCAGGACAUGGGCGGGACACCAGUCACUCAAGAUGGAUUCUAAAUUGCACUCACCAGAGGAGGCGAUGACACAUGGGCUCACAUGUGGGAGGUCACAGUUAAUGGAUCCGGGCCGGCACUGUGGCGUUAUGCAUAAAAGCUGCCGCCUGAGGUGCCAGCAUCCCCUGUGGGUACCAGUUCGAGUCCUGGCUGCUCCACUUCCAAUCAAGCUCUCUGCUAUGGCCUUGGAAAGCAGCAGAAGAUGGCCCAAGUGCUUAAGCCCCUGCAUCCAUCUGGGGGACUCAGAAGAAGCACCUGGCUCCUGGCUGGGGAUCAGCCAAGCUCUGGCUGUGAGGGCCCAUUGGGACUGAACCAGCAGAUGGAUACCUCUCUCAAUCCUUCUCUCUGUAACUCUGACUUUCAAAUAAAUAUUUUAAAAAACUUGUGGCUCAUCAAACUCUAAGGUAAAAUCCGAGAUGAACGUGGGACUCCACCUUCCAAGAGGACCACUCAGAAGUGAAAGACUGAAAGUGUGUGCAGGGUUUCUUCCGGCACAGAAAGUUCAAGGUCACCUGGAUUUCUCAGUGCUCGCCUAACAUAAACCCCACAACACGGUUGGCUCUGGUGGACGGCAGCACCCGGUGUUCUGGAAGAGUGCGGAUGCCUGCCCGGCUUCCUCUGAUGGCUGAUUACUCUGCAAGUCUGCAUUUCCCACACAGUUCCGUGAGGCGGGAUUAAGCGUGUGUCUGGAUGCUUCUCCCGAGUUUCCAGUUAAGGGGCUGGGGACUGCACCCCACCACAGCGUAGCUUAGGGAGUAAAGCCAACACCUGCAGCACCGGCAUCAUUAUGGCCUCCAGUUCGAAUCUCAGCAGCUACACUUCUGAUCCA